UUCAUCGAGCUUAGAUCACUUACCAAUCUACUUAGUAGACAUCCUUGCUUCUGAAGAUUCAUGGCGAUGGGGUCUUUCCUGAUCCCUAUAUCCCUGCUGGUUCUCGCCGCGAGCUCGGCCGUGGCCCAGCUGGAGAUGGGAUACUACCGCAAGUCAUGCCCGGACGUGGAGGCGAUAGUCCGCGAGGAGAUGGUGAAGAUCAUCUCCGCCGCGCCCAGCCUCGCCGGCCCGCUCCUCCGCCUUCAUUUCCACGACUGCUUUGUCAGGGGCUGUGACGCGUCUGUGCUGCUGGACUCCACCAAGGGCAACCUGGCAGAGAGGGACGCCAAGCCCAACAAAAGCCUGCGGGGAUUCGGCUCCGUGGAGCGGGUGAAGGCCAAGCUCGAGGCCGCAUGCCCGGGCGUUGUGUCCUGCGCCGACGUGCUCACGCUCAUGGCCCGCGACGCCGUCGUCCUGGCCAAGGGACCCUCCUGGCCCGUGGCACUCGGCAGGAGAGACGGCAGCGUGUCCACUGCCACGGAGGCGAGCGACGAGCUGCCACCCUCCUUCGGCGACGUCCCUCUGCUCACCCGGAUCUUCGCCUCCAAGGGGCUCGACCUCAAGGACCUCGUCGUCCUCUCCGGCGCGCACACGCUCGGGACGGCGCACUGCCCGUCGUUCGCCGACCGGCUCUACAACACCACCGGAAACGGCCUCGUCGACCCGUCGCUGGACAGCGAGUAUGCCGACAAGCUGAGGCUCAAGUGCAAGAGCGUCGACGACAAGAGCAUGCUGUCGGAGAUGGAUCCCGGCAGCUACAGGACCUUCGACACCAGCUACUACCGUCACGUCGCCAAGCGCAGGGGGCUCUUCCGCUCCGACGCUGCCCUGCUCACUGACGCCACCACCGAGGAAUACGUCCGGCACGUCGCUACCGGCAAGUUCGACGACGCGUUCUUCAGGGAUUUCAGCGAGUCCAUGAUCAAGAUGGGCAACAUCGGCGUGCUUACCGGCCGUGAUGGAGACAUAAGGAAGAAAUGCUACGUCCUCAACUAGAGAAGCUAGUAGCGGAUUAAUGCCGUGGAACAAGUGUCUGUUGAAAAUUGGGACCAGAUGGUGUAUCUUAAUUUGUCUAUUGUUA